AUGGCUAAAUCUCUAUCUGAACAGAUUCUGGAUAUAGCUAAUAAGCCUGUCAACCAAGACUUCGACAUCGAAGAUGGCGAAGGGGCCGUUUUCGAACAUAGAGAUCGUAACGGCUCUGAUGACAGUGAUGGACUGGUUUCCGGCGACGAUGAAGAACACAAUGAUCACUAUUUGCAAGUAGGGAAAUCAAAACUGAGAAAACAAGAUGCUCCAGUUCUAAAAGACAGCAAGUAUCAAGGUACUGUCGGUUCCAGAGCUCAGCUCUACGAUGAGGAUGAUGAGGAUUCAUUGAUUAGCGAAUCCGAGGAAGAAAUGGAACAAGAACAUGAACAAGAACAUGAACAAGAAGCAGAACUACAAGAUAGCGAUGCCCUCUCUUUUGCCACCGAUUCAGAAGAUCAGAUGGUCGAUGGGAAAAGCGACAGUGAAAGUGAAAAAGAAGAAGAUGAAGAUGAUAUCCAAGAGGAAGAAGAAGCACAAAGAGAAAUUUUAUCAAAAUUAGUUAAACAAGAAACAAGACAUGCCGUAAAUAAAUUAUCUCAAUCCACAAAACGUGAUGCGGCAAAAGGUCUAAUGAUCUUACAUCAAUCAAAAGUAUUCGAAAGUACUAUAGAUACAAGAAUUAAGUUGCAAAAAGCUGUCACUUCCGCAAACCAAUUACCAUUGACAAAGGAAUCUUGGAAUGUCUAUCUAAAGAAGUCAAAGGAUACUAAAAAAUUGUUAAAGGAAACCACCGAUAAGUUAAACAAAGUAUUACAACAAUUGGUAGAUUUCAGAAAGGAAUUUCAAACUUCUGACGGCAUUAGCAAAGAAACUGAAACUUCUUCUUCAACCAAAAGAUCUUUUGAAGAUUUAUGCGGUUAUAGUAAAUCUUUGGACAAAGAUUUGAAAAAUUACAGAAUUGCAGUACUAAACAAAUGGUCUACUAAAGUAGCAUCUGCUUCUGGUAACACUGCUUUGUCUUCAAGCAAGUUUAAAGCUAUCAAUCAGCCUGCCGAUGUUCAAGUGGAAAACCAAUUAGCUGAUAUUCCAAGAUUGGUAAAACGUACUUGUCUAAAUAGAAGAAGUGUAAAACCAUUGAACUUAGAAGAGGAUUUGGAAAAAAAUAGAUUGGCUUUGUUGCAAAAUAGCUCUACAGUUGAAAAUGACGAUGAUAACGGUGAAGAUGAGAAUCCAGAUAUUCCUAAAAAUUAUGACCCAAGAAGAAAGGAUAACAGCAGUAUAGAUACUACCGAAAACCCAUAUAUAUUCGAUGAUGAAGAUUUCUAUCGUGUAUUGCUAAAUGAUUUAGUGGAUAGAAAAAUAUCAAAUGCUCAAAAUUCCCAAGGUUCAGGUGCCACCAUUGCAAUCACUUCACGCUCAAAUAAUAAGCUAAAGAAGAAUGUUGAUACAAAGGCCUCUAAAGGUAGAAAAUUAAACUAUUCCAUCCAAGAACAAAUUGCAAAUUACGAGGCUCCAUUAAGUAAUGGUUACAAAUGGUCAGAUGAACAGAUUGAUGAAUUCUUUGCAGGUUUAUUAGGACAAAAAGUUAACUUUAAUGAAGAAGAAGAAGGUGUUGUAUCUGAAGCUGAAGCUGAAGCUAACGCUGAAGAAUUGGAAGCUAUCAAGAACGAUGACAUCCAAAUUUUUGGUUAA